AUGGCAAACUAUCUCUCGUUGGCAGAUAAUUUGAUAAAAAUUGCAAAAGAUGCUCUUUCGGAGUCGACAUGGAUGAUUGUUUUGGUUGCCCUGGCCGUUACUUGCAUCACUACACGUAUCAUCACGGGCUUCCAAUGCUGCUCUAGCAAGACAGAUGCUGGAGACUUCCGGCCUGUGAGGAUGGCCCCAUACUGGUUCCCAUGGCUGGGACAUAGUCUAUCGUUCGCGUGGAAUAUGACGAGCUGCGUGAGAAAAGCUAGGGACUACAUGGGUGAGCCUGUCUUUGGCCUUGUUCUUGGUGGCACAAAACAAAAUGUGGUGGCUUCGCCAUCCAUGGCCCAGUCUGUGUUUGCAUUUCGAGGCGCAUCCAACUCCCCAUUUAUCGACCGUGUAAUGGAGAGAGUCUUCGGCGACUCGGGCAUAGUGCGCAAGAUGAACCCUGCUGAUCGGCAAGAGCUUCAUCAAUAUGUCAGCCAUUUCCUCCAAGAGCCAUUUAUUACUGAAGCCACGAAUGCGUUCAUUCGUCGGAUUCAGCGUGAAACCCCGAAUCUGGUGACUUUUUCCUGGAGUAUGGUGGAUCAGGUGCCUUGGGAACGCGCAAGUGAAGUCACAGUCGAGAACAUCGACGGCAGAAAUGUUUGUGAAGCCGAUCUAUUUGCUCUGGUACGGAAUUUUUCUGCGCAUAUCACCACGGCGGGCUUUUUUGGUCAAGCCCUAUUAGAGGAUUUCCCAAAUUUGUUCGAUGACUUGUGGGUCUUGGAUGGCCAGUUCCCAACUCUGUCAAGAGGUGCACCUCAUUGGUUGCCAAUUCCGGGUCUCCCUGCAGCAUACAAGGCUCGGAGUCGACUUUUGCAGGCUCUGGCAACUUUUCAGGAAGCUUUCAUUGCUUGGGAUGACGGUAGAGACCCCGGUGUGAAAUUUCGUGAUCUCGACGAUGUCGCAGAGCCAAUUAAGCAAAGGGCCCGCACUAUGCACAAAAUGGGUUUCUCAUCCAUGGCCAGCGCAUCAGCGCAUCUAUCUAUGCUAUGGGCCAUGAAUGGAAACACGACGAACAUUGUAUUUUGGAACUUAAUUCGCGUGUGUGCAGAACCUACCCUGCUGGAAGAGAUUCGGAAAGAAAUCGCUCCCUAUGUGAAGGCAUCCCGACCCAGCCGUGAGGAGACUGGAUUUCCCUUCGAAGAGCCUCCUCAAGUCACUAUUGAUUCUCAGGGACUGUUCAAUUCUUGUCCUUUGUUGAAAGCCAGCUUUUACGAGACCUUACGUUUGGAUUCUGCUGGAUUCUCGCUCAAAGAACUCAGUUCCGAUCUGACACUCACGGAAUCUAAAGAGGAGGCUGCAAAUGGCGGGUUGAAACAGCCCCGGGUGUACAAACUUUCUAAAGGCGACAACAUUGCAAUUUCGCAUGGUGCUCUCCAAAACGAUCCUCGAUACUUCUCGAACCCAAGCCAAUACGAUCCCUUGAGAUUCAUCACGACAGACCCCGACACGGGAGCCAAACGAGCCGAGAUGCACACCAUCAAGCCCUUCGGUGGCGGCGUGGUGAGGUGCAAGGGUCGUGUCCUUGCAGAGAGGGGGAACUUGGCUUUCAUCGCUGCAAUAGUUACCAUGUGGGAUAUCGAGCCGGUGCGCGGAAAGCAGCUGGUUGUACCGGGGCGUAAGGCAUCUCCGGGGACAUUUUCACCGAAGAAAGAUGUCAGAGUGCGGAUGAGGGCAAGAAUAUAA